UACUUGUUUCCCGGGAAACAAGAUCAAAACCAAACAAAAUAAUAGUAUUUGAAACACAGGAAAUACAUUACUUUUAUUAUAUUUUUUAUAAUAAACUGAGAUAAUAAUACAAGCUGUGUUAUAAAGAUAAAAAGUGAAGGUCAGUGCGCAAAAUGCUACAGCAAGAGCAAUUGGUAAAGAUUGACCGGCCCUGCCCGGAUCCGGAUCCAAAAGUGGCUGCCGAAGAAACACCACCACCUGCUCCCAGUUCCUAUCAGAUGAGACCUUCGUUGGAGCAGACCUUCAAAUCGGAAAAAAUCAAACAGAUCAUUAGCACGCUGCUGAACGAUACUUUAAGCGGAAAAACGUAUACCGCAGUGGAUGCGGCCCGGUGGACAAAAUCCCUAGCUGAUGAAAUCAGCCUGAAGGUAAAGGAUCUAGAAAUGAAACGGUACAAGCAUGUAGUGCAGGUCAUGCUAGGUCAGCAGCUGGGGGCCGGUUGUAAAUACAUAGCGCGAUGCCGAUGGGAUGCAGAGUGUGAUAAUCAAGCCUCCGGUGAAUUCAAAAACGCCACAAUCUUCUGUAUUGUCACUGUGUUCGGGUUAUAUUUGUAUUGAUGCUUGAACAGAACAAUCAGCAACUAGUCGACCGGGCGUGGCAGUAAUUAAUUUGAAAGAUUGAGAUUGUGUGUGAUUUUAGUUUAAUUUGAGCAUUGCUAGAAGUCUAUCGGUGAUACUUUAUAAAUAUGAAAAUCGGCAGCAGAAA